GUGAGGCCCGCGUGACGGCGCGUGCGUGCGCGGGCUGCGGCGGCUCGGAGUCGGGAGCCGGCUGCCCAGUGUCUCCCCGCCGCUACUGGGCCAUGAUCCGGAACGGGCACGGGGAGGCGGGCGGCGCCAAGCGGCCGGGCCCGAGGGCUAGGCGCGCCGUGCGGGUGUGGUGCGACGGCUGCUACGACAUGGUACAUUAUGGCCACUCCAACCAGCUGCGCCAGGCCCGGGCCAUGGGUGACCACCUCAUCGUGGGUGUGCACACUGAUGAGGAGAUCGCCAAGCACAAGGGGCCCCCGGUGUUCACUCAGGAGGAGAGGUACAAGAUGGUGCAGGCCAUCAAGUGGGUGGAUGAGGUGGUGCCGGCAGCCCCCUACGUCACCACACUGGAGACUCUGGACAAGUACAACUGUGACUUCUGCGUCCACGGCAAUGACAUCACGCUGACCGUAGAUGGCCGGGACACCUACGAGGAAGUGAAGCAGGCUGGAAGGUACAGAGAAUGCAAGCGCACCCAGGGGGUGUCCACCACAGACCUCGUUGGCCGCAUGCUGCUGGUAACCAAGGCCCAUCACAGCAGUCAGGAGAUGUCCUCCGAGUACCGGGAGUAUGCAGACAGCUUUGGCAAGCCCCCUCACCCGACACCCGCCGGGGAGACACUUUGCUCGGAAGGCUCCUCCCAGUGCCCCGGGGGGCGGAACCCCUGGACGGGGGUGUCCCAGUUUCUUCAGACAUCCCAGAAGAUCAUCCAGUUUGCUUCGGGAAAGGAGCCCCAGCCUGGGGAGACGGUCAUCUAUGUGGCUGGCGCCUUUGACCUGUUCCACAUUGGGCAUGUGGAUUUCCUGGAGAAGGUAUAUGGCCUGGCGGAGAGGCCCUACGUCAUCGCUGGCUUGCAUUUUGACCAGGAGGUCAACCACUACAAGGGGAAGAACUACCCCAUCAUGAACCUGCAUGAGCGGACCCUGAGUGUGCUGGCCUGCCGGUACGUGUCUGAAGUGGUGAUUGGGGCCCCGUACUCGGUCACAGCAGAGCUCCUGGACCACUUCAAGGUGGACCUGGUGUGUCACGGGAAGACGGAAGUCGUGCCUGACAAGGAUGGCUCUGACCCAUAUGAGGAGCCCAAAAGGAGGGGCAUUUUCUGCCAGGUUGACAGUGGGAAUGACCUCACCACAGACCUCAUUGUCCAGCGCAUCAUCAAGAACAGGCUGGAAUACGAGGCCCGGAACCAGAAGAAGGAAGCCAAGGAGCUGGCCUUUCAGGAGGCCAUGAGGCGGCAGGAAGCACAGCCCGAAAGGGAGAUUGACUGUGACUUCUGAUGACAGGUGGGAGGAUGCCAGGGGCCCUCUGAGGGGCUGGCCCUCUCUCAACCCUGCCUUGAGAGCUUGGCUCAGUUUUUAACAAAGCUGCAGUGCCCUCUUCUCCAAUCACCCACCACAGAAGGGCUGGUGUGGAGGACAUGGCCUGUCACCCUGCUCGCAAGGUGCCUGUCUUGCAGCAGGCCAUCCUGCCCUUCCUGCUGAGUUGCACAGAGAGGGCUUCCAGCACAGUGGAGCAGCCCAGCCUGCAGGAUGGGCAGGGGGCACCUUCGACCAGAGGGGUGCCACCCUACGUGCCAUGGAAGACCCAGCUUUCAUCCUCUCAGCCCUGCUGCUGCUCACCAUCUGCCCCCCGGGAAGCUCCUAUACGCCUUCCACUGCCCAGCUCGAGGCAGCCUUCCCACUUGCCUUGCCUCAGUUCAAACAAGCCUCAGGGAGCAGUGACCCAGGGGGUUGCCCCCUUUCUUCCUCGGGGUGCAGACCAGGCCACCUCCCACAUGGGUGGCCUCUGCCCUGGGGCCCGGGGCCCAGACGCUGCACCCGUUUUCCUGGACCAGACUCCCCAGAGACUGUUCUUGGUUUUGUACCUGACUGGCAGGUGUGCAACCAAAUAAACCUGCUGGGAGGGGCUCUGCA